AACACUUGCGAUGGGGCCUGGGAAGCCUCUUUGCCGACUUUGCGAGCGGCCAGCGGCCGACGGCGGCUAUUCGGCGGCCGAAUUGGACAGGGAGAAGUUUGCCGAGUGGUGUUUGAAUUACUUGGGCGAAACGCUGGCCGAUGAGUUGGAAGACGAAGAUCUAGUUUGCAACUUUUGCGUUUGGGAUGUGAGUUUUCUCCUACAAAACUCAAAUGGAUAUUUGAAUGAAUUUUGUUGGUGGCCCAAUGAAGCGUUGGAAGAGACUAAUGAUGAUCAUAGAAAGACAAGAUUUGAUCAUUUCAGUAAGGGCAAAAUGAAGCAGUGCUGGGUGCCCUUGGAAAAAAUGGUAGAGAGCAAUCAAGUUGAAGGACAUCUAGCAGAAGAAGCUUCCGAGGAACUGGCUAAGUUGAAGUUGAAAAAAUGCAUUUACUGCAAAAAUAGUUUUGCAAGAACUUCUGCUUUAGUUGGCCACAUAACAAGUAUUCAUGGAAAUAUUGCAAUCAGAUGUAAUUUUCAGAAAAUGUGCGCUGAGUAUUUUCUAACAAUAGAGGACAGAGACAUUCACAUACAAAAUUUUCACUCUAAAAGGAAGCAAAAUCAAAAAUUUUACAGGUGCAUUUAUUGUUCAGAUACAUAUUUAUGUAGAUAAAAUGUGCUAUCUAGCCCAUGUAAAAAAGAUGCACGGUAGUGUGUUUUUUCAAUGCAGAAAUAGAACUUGCGGGAUGUUUUUUGAAUCUCGGACUGAUUCGGAACAACAUUUUGAAUUAGUGCACAAGGUGCUUGAAGAUGAGAAGAAAUUUAAUUGUCAAAUGUGUAAUUACCAAGCAGAGAGAAGGGCCAAAAUGGUUUUUCAUAUGAGAUAUUGGCAUUUAAAACCUGAUAAUCCAAUCAAGUGUCCAAAAUGUGGAAAAUAUUUUGAUACUUUAUUGAGAUUACAAUGUCAUGAUGAGCAGACUCACAAAAAAUCUAAUUGUAAGUGUUGCCCAUAUUGUGACAGGAAGUUAACUGCUCGGAAAUUACGGGACCAUUUAGCAAAAAAACUUUGCAAUUCGUGUGGAUCAUUGUUUCUAUGUACGAGUUUGCAUAAAAAACAUAUUAUCGUGUGUAAACCGUUGUUGCAAUGUCGUUUUUGCUCAAAAAUGUUUUCAAAUGAAAACCACUUGAAAUAUCACAUAAACUGGAUUCAUUUGAGUAAAACUUCAAGCAACUCAUCAGCAUCUUGGAUUCAAGUGUAAAAUUUGCUGUAAAUACCUUUCCUCAACAGGUAGCUUGAAGAGACACACUUUGAUACAUUUAGACUCCAGACACAAAUUUGGGUGCAGUCACUGCAGCAAAACAUUUUAUAAUAAGGAUAAGUUGGCUAGGCACCUGUCAAAUGGUCACAACCUGAUUGAGAAAAAGCACAAAUGUACAUAUUGUGAAAAGAAAUUUUACUACCCUAGUUUUCUGAAACGUCACUUUGCAAUGCAUUUGAAAUCAAUGGCUAUCAAAAGUGCUGAGUUUGACCCGUUAAAAAUAUUAUAAAUAUUCCCUUUUUCUCUCUCCAGGAACUCAUGAUUAGCAUUCAUGGUUUCAGAAUUUGCG